CGGAGUUGGAAUGCUUUUGACGCUGAUUGAUGCCAUAAGCUAUUUUUGUAUAAUAUCUGACUUGAAUUCAACGGAUCCGAUUGUGGUUUUCAACAGCGGUGAGCAUGCAACCGCUUUCAUCAAUCGUCGUCUGGAGAGGGUACAUCACGAUAACCGUACGUGCAUUUGCAAAAAUAAUAUCGGAUUUGGGCUUCCACAAAGACACUUGCUGCAAUUCGUACUACUUAACAGCCUGGAUGUGAGCCACCUGCCGGUCAGCUUACGGUGGACAAGAGAGAAUAAAGGGACUGUUGCCGUUGCAAUCGCGCCUUUGUAUGCGCCAACAAUCGGAAGGCAAGAACCGAGCGCCAUGUGGAAUAUAGAGUUGAACAACCUACGUGCACUGUAUCAGCAACUGCAGCCAGCGCACAUCGCUCCGUAUACC